AUCGUAGUUUCUCGCUCCUUCCUUCCCCGCGGGUCCGGCCUCUGCGCGGCCGGCCGAGGGCGGGUCGGGCUUCCCUUCGUGGCCCGGUGACCUCCUGGGGCGGCAGGAGCGCUGGGGAGGACGCAGACACCGGGAACCGGGAAAUGUGUUAACACAGAACCUCCAAAUGGGCGCAGAUUACUUUACCUUGUCCUGUGCUACGUGAUGACGCCCUAGGAUACAACGGCGUGCAGUCCGGCGGUCACCGCAGCCAGGGUUCUCCGGUGCGCCAUGGCCCCUCCCCAUACAAAAGCCACCGCUAAAAUGACCAGUAAGCGGCCCCGUCGGGUGAUCGACCUGGAAACGAAACUAAAACUGAUUCAGGACUACGAGGGUGGGAAACCAGUGAUGGUCAUUGCCCGCCAGUCAGGCAUGUCCCACUCCACCAUCGCCACCAUCCUGAAGAACAGGAACAAAGUGACGGAAGCCUUAAGAGGCUCUGCAUCCCUGAAGGCCACGAGGCUGACGAAGAUUCGAGAGGGCCCCAUCUCGGACAUGGAGAAGCUGCUGAUGACCUGGAUCGAGGACCAGACCCGGCAGUGCGUCCCCCUCAGCACCAUGAUGAUCACAGCCAAGGCCAAGAGCCUGUUUGCAAUGCUGAAGGAAAAGGCCGGGCCUGGCUACAAUGUGGAGUUCAGUGCCAGCUCUGGGUGGUUGAAAAGAUUCAAGAACCGCUACUCGUUACAUGACGUCAAAGCGGGCACCGAUGUCCCCCAGGAGCGUGUGCCCGGCAUCUGGAAGAAGACGCUGCGGAGGUUUGUGCAUGACUUCAGAGGGCUGGCGGCGGCGGCGGAGGAGGAGGAGGCGGUGCAGGUCAGCGAGGCUGUGGCCAAGGUGACGGGCAGCUUUCCCCUGGGUACUGACGAGGAUGACAUCAAGGAAGUGCUGGAGGUGCCGCCCAAGGGCCUGGCCCGUGAGGAGUUGCUGGGACAGGGACACAAGGCCAGAGAAUUGGACAGCACGCGAGGGGACAGAGGAGCAGCCCCAAGAAAGUUCACAGUGACAGGCUUAGCAGAGGCUUUCUCGGACCUCAACCAGCUGCUUAAGAAGUUUCAGAGCAUGGACCCCAACCCUGAGAGGUUCUCAGCAGUGGAGAGGGGCGUGCGGGGUGCGCUGUCUGCUUACGAGCGGAUCUACGAUGCCAAAAGGAAGCAAAAAGGAAGGGGCGCCAUUCUGAAAGGAGGGGCACAGGUUGGCGAGACCCAGGCAGGUCCCUCGGGAGCCAUCCCAGAAGGCGGCAUCAUCAUCAUCGCUGACGACGGCACCAUGCGAGUCAUCGCCCCCGAGGGCCUUGCCAUGGGACGCAGCGGGGAACACAGUACUGAUGUCAGUGACCCUGACCACGUGUAGGCCCAACCUUGUGUGUCAGUUUUUCUAACGAAAAGUUAAAGAGUUCAACUAUUUUUAAAUUAAAAAGAGCCAGUUGCGGUGGCACGUGCCUGUCAUCCCAGCACUGGGG